AUGUCAUCUCAAGAUCAUAAAACAAUGCCAUUUUGUCUAUUAAACGAUGACAUGUGGCGAGAAAUUUUUCGUUUCCUUGAUAUUUACUCUCUCGGAAAUCUUCUACUCACCUCCAUGAACACUUGUCCAUUCUCUAGAUAUCUCCUGCUGGAAGAUGAUUUGUGGAAACUAAGAGUGGAAACUAAAUUAAAUGCAUUGGCACUGCUUGUCAGUGAACCUUUCUAUGCUCAAGAAACCUCCUAUCCCACCGAUUAUUUGCAUCAUCCAAUUUAUGAAAAUUAUUUCCAUGUUGAAUCAAACAAAACGAAUGGAAUGCCACAAGUUGAAUUGAUAAUUAGAGAAAAAUUCAGAGAAAAAUUGGUUGAACUAUUUCAUGAAAUUGACAAUCGAGUGAUGAAUGAAAAGAUGGACUAUAUGGAAAUGACUAAAAACAUACUAGUUCCAAAUUUUAUUAGUCCAUACCAUCAAAAGACAUUGUUUAUUCCAAAGGAAGAAUUGAAAAAUUUGGAAAAUAUUCAUCAAGAUGCAGCUCCACUCACAAACAAAUUGAAAAACAUCUCAAAAGAUUUGAAAUUCAAUUGCACAAUGCUUGGUUUACCAGGAAGUGGAAGAACUUCAAUGAUUUUCACAUUGGGAUAUGGAGAGUUUCCAGAAUACAUUCCAGGAGUUUACGAAAAUUUUGAACUAUUCUAUCAAUUGGAAAAAAAGAAAGUGUGUUUAGAGUUGUGGGAUUUAGGAUGUCAUCCAGGAUUUGAACGGCUCCGACCUCACGGUUACACUAUUUCUCAUUUGAGUUGUGUUUGUUUCUCUGUUUGUUCGAAAGAGUCAUUGGAAAUGGCAAUUUCUUGUUACAUUCCAGAAAUAAGACUACAUAAGGGAUUUUCUACUCCAAUUAUUCUGAUUGGAUGCAAGAUUGAUGACAGAGAGCUAAAAUUCUCAAAAGAAUCACUCAAAUCUCUGAAAACCCCAAUAUCGUUUGAGGAAGGUGAAGCUAUUGCAAGAAAUACUGGUUGUAUCACUUAUAUUGAAACAUCUUCUUUGAAAAAGAUUGGAUUGGAGGAUUUUAUGCCUGUUUGUGUGAAAGCCUUAGCUGCAUUACAUUCAUACAAUGAUAAUUCUGAAAAGAAGAAGCAUUGUCAAGUUCAGUAA